GCGACGCGCGGCGUCUUCGCUGUGGACCCGGCCGGGCGGCGCCAAACCGGGCGGCGCCACCAGCGCGCCGCCCCGCGCGCCGCCCCCGACUGCGCGGGCCUGGCGGGCCAGUGGCGCUGCGACUCCACGUGCGCCGCCAACGGCGUCUGCCUCAACGACGGCCAGUGGCUCUACGCGCAGAACUGCAGCGCCAGCGGCCUGGUAUGCUUAAACAACACCUGCACCACCGGCUCCCUCGACAACUGCCCCUCCAUCGACAAUAUGCAGUGCAUGCACAGUGGCACAUACCCCAGUCUCGUCGACUGCUCUUUGUACUACACAUGUGACAGCUCCUUGACUGGCAUAGGCAAAGGUAAAGUUCAAUCCUGCCCCUCAGGUUUAUUCUACGACGCCUGCCUGAAAGUGUGUGCCAUCACCGCGAGCGACACCUGUUCCUGGGCUGUGAGCAACCCUUGUGCUGCUCCUGGGACCAUUGGCGUGGCCCCGAACAACGAUCGACUUUACUACGUGUGUUUGUUGGACACAGCCACCAACGCUGUGUACCCUCUCUGGCGGAAGUGCACCACCGGCCACUUCAGUCUGACCACGCUCACGUGCGAAAGGACAGAAGAACCCGGCUGUGGAUCAACGACAACUACACAAGCUGCAACAACACCGGAAACAACAACACCGGAAACAACAACACCGGAAACAACACCACCACCAACACCAAAACCAACGGAAACAACAACGGACACAACGGAAACAACAACGGAAACAACAACAGCUGCGACUAUUCCGCCUCCAUUU